ACUCCUUUUUUUUUAUUGAAUGAAGAGAACGGAAGGAACAGAAAACGUUUUCCUUCCGGAAAAAAAAGUCUCUCGCUGGUCUCAGAAUGAAUUUCGUGAUGCUUGUCCCCAUACCGAGUCUGGCCUUGCUGUUGUACCUCUCUCAUGGAGCAGUUGCAGCUGAUGGGCAAUGGAGCGAAUGGUCAGACUGGACUUCGUGCUCUGUCUCUUGCGGACGUGGAAUAAGAAAGAGAUUCCGUGCUUGUAAUCCUGCACCUGGAGUGGGCAGUCGAUGGUGCCAAGGAAAAUACUUACAGACUGAAAACUGUGACACAACUGUUGCAUGUCCAGUGAAUGGUGGCUGGAGCGAAUGGAACAAGUGGUCAUCGUGCUCUGCUACGUGUGGGCAGGGCAUCACCAACCGAUAUAGAUCCUGCAGCAACCCUAUACCGAUGAAUGGAGGAAGACCCUGUGAAGGUGCCCCUCAGGAGUCAGAUAUGUGUUUCGCCAUUAAAGAAUGUCCACGUGAUGGAGGAUGGUCAAAUUGGAGUCGAUGGUCGUCAUGUUCAGUGACAUGUGGUCCAGGAGGUACCAUUAAUAGGUACAGAUCUUGUAAUAACCCUCCUCCUAUGGCAGAGGGGAAACCUUGCGAAGGUCCAAAGCAACAGACAAGGCAUUGCAGAGCAUCUCGACCAUGUCCAGUGAAUGGACAAUGGUCAGAGUGGACUGAGUGGAGUGAGUGUUCGGUAUCUUGCGGCAGAGGUGAGAGAGUAAGAGGACGAGCGUGUAAUCAACCUGCUCCCCAGCAUGGCGGACUCGAUUGCGACGAAACAGAGGCUGGCGAAUUGCAAAUUCUAAGUUGCACAGCAACAAUCCUUAACUGCCCAGUGGAUGGAAGUUGGUCCGAAUGGAGUGAUUGGGGUUCUUGCCAUUCCCCAGAUUGCAGUGGAUCAAAAGAAUUUUCAAUAUCCAUGCGCCAGCGCUCUUGCAACAACCCAUUACCCAAACACAAAGGAUCCAUGUGUCAAGGAGUCUUUUUAGAUGCAGGGUUCUGUAAUCAACCCAUCAACUGCGUCGUGGAUGGCAGCUGGGGCGAGUGGUCUCCAUGGUCUUGUAGAAAGUUAGUGGCUUCAAGAAAGCGCGUUUGUGAUUCUCCACCUCCUUCAAACGGAGGAAAGAAAUGUCCAGGAAAGAAUGUACAGAUACACGUCAGAGGUGAAGAAGAUGAGGAAUAUCGUGAAGCAUGUGGUGGCAAGUUCCCAUCAGACGAUGAGGAUUUAGAAGGAGGAUCUGGCAUUGGUCAGGGAAGCGGCGACGGCAUUGCUGAUGAUGGCUAAAAAAAAUCGUCUUAACAUCAAAUGGCAGAAGAUAUUAAAGAUUCAAAUUUUGAUUUGUAUACAAUAAAAUAUGUAAAAAUUUAAAAAGCAUUGUAAAUAGUUUUAAUGAAAAUGAGCCUUAUUGAUUAA